AAAUUAGGUCGCCAUGUCAUCCGAGGAGAGACUUAAAACAUUUACCUCACUUGGAAAGAAAGUGAUGGCGGUAGGGCGAAAUUACAGAGCCCUGGCGGCAGAACAGGGAAAUCCAAUACCCGAGAAACCGAUCGUCUUCAUGAAACCUACGUCAUCUUUCAUAACAGAGGGACAGUCAAUAAAGAUUCCGUUGGGAUGUGAACGCUUGUAUUUCGAAGUGGAGCUAGGAGUAAUCAUAAGCCGCAGAUGUUCGAACGUCAAGGAACAAGAAGUAGAUAACUAUAUUGGAGGAUAUUGUCUGGUUCUAGAUAUGACAGCACAGGAUUUUCAAGUAGAAGCUAAAGCCAAAGGACAUCCCUGGUGCUUGGCUAAAGGUUUCGAUACGGCGUGUCCAGUCAGUGCAUUCAUCCCGAAGCCUAUGAUAAGAGAUUAUAACGACAUUGAACUGUGGUUAAAAGUCAAUGAUGUCACGAAACAGAGGAGCAGUACCAGUGACAUGAUAUUUAGUAUUCCCCACGUGAUCAGUUACGUAAGCAGUUACAUCACACUGGGGGAGGGUGACGUUGUCAUCACAGGUUCGCCUGCUGGUGCCGGUCCGGUUCAAGCAGGAGAACUAAUCGAAGCCGGUCUUGCUGAUGUUAUGUCCAUGAAGUUCCCAGUAAUUGUUUGACUCAAAUUAAAACACCAUCAUUUAAGCUUGCAAUAUAAAGUAUCAUUAUUAAAUCUAAAUGUUGAUCUAAUUAGAGUAACCACCCGUGGUCCGAACAAAAAGUUUAAAAGGUUCAGCAAAGCAGUUAAUUGAUGUGUUUGAAAGUAAUAAAACAUGCAGAUAGAAACAGCAACAACAAAAUAGCUAAAAUUUAAAUUCAUUGCAAUCCCGAGUUUAAC